UUUGCGCGGUGGGGAUCAGUUCUCAGUACCGGCUCGGCUUUGGGCUGGCUGCGGUCUCAGUGUGAGGGCGGCCGAAGUGGCUGGCUCGUUUAAGAUGAGGCUUCUGCUACUUCUGCUGGUGGCGGCGUCGGCGGUGGUCCGGAGCGAUGCCUCAGCCAACUUGGGCGGCGGCGUGCCUGGCAAGAGAUUAAAGAUGCAGUACGCCACGGGGCCUCUGCUCAAGUUCCAGAUUUGUGUUUCCUGAGGUUACAGGCGGGUGUUUGAGGAGUACAUGCGGGUUAUUAGCCAGCGGUACCCUGACAUCCGCAUAGAAGGAGAGAAUUACCUCCCUCAACCAAUAUAUAGACACAUAGCAUCUUUCCUGUCAGUCUUCAAGCUAGUAUUAAUAGGCUUAAUAAUUGUUGGCAAGGAUCCUUUUGCUUUCUUUGGCAUGCAAGCUCCUAGCAUCUGGCAGUGGGGCCAAGAAAAUAAGGUCUAUGCAUGUAUGAUGGUAUUCUUCUUGAGCAACAUGAUUGAAAACCAGUGUAUGUCAACAGGUGCAUUUGAGAUAACUUUGAAUGAUGUACCUGUGUGGUCUAAGUUGGAAUCUGGUCACCUUCCAUCCAUGCAACAGCUUGUUCAAAUUCUUGACAAUGAAAUGAAGCUCAACGUGCAUAUGGAUUCAAUCCCACAUCAUCGAUCAUAGCCCCAACUAUCAGCACUGAAAACUCUUUUACAUUAAGGGAUUUUUGCAAGAGCAGCGUGACUGACAUUAUGAAGGCCUGUACUGAAGACAGCAAGCUGUUAGUACAGACCAGAUGCUUUCUUGGCAGGCUCGUUGUACCUCUUGGAAAACCUCAAUGCAAGGCAGUUUUUCAGUGCUGGCACAUUUUGGAAUUCUGCACAUUCGUGGAGUGCAAUAAUACUGUAUAGCUUUUUUUCUUCCCCAGAUCCACUAAGUUAAUAGUUUUAAAAAAUGCAGACA